GAAGCAGCAGGAGAGAGAGAGAGAAGGGGGUCCUGGGUAAUGGAUAGAAUAGUACUGGAAGGGUUAGCAGGGGAGGCAGGCUAGGGAAAUACUAGCAAUUGUAGCAAUAGCAAAUAGGCAUUAUCAGACUCUUUAAGGAAUUUACAGAGCUUCCCAGCUCGUCUUAUCUUUUUCUCGUGAUCUCUCUCUCUCUCUUCUCUCUCUCUCUCCUCUCUGAGAUAAUUGCUUUAAACUCCUUUUCUUUUUAAAUGCCCUCUCAGUCUCUGCUGUGACCAACACACACACUUUCAACGGCUUUGAACUUUUUAAAGAGAAGACCAACCCGGAACGACGCCGUUUCGUUCUGGUCUCGACGCCGAUCCUGAGGGUGUGAAGGUUGCAAGGAGUUUUUUCAAGGGAUUUGGGAAAGACCCAGGUGGCUGGGAACGUUUGGACUUUUGAAGGCAAUACAAGCAAAUUUGAGGAAAAAAAAAAAAAUGACUACAAGUAGUUGCAGUGCAAGGAACGGCGCUGUUAGGCAGUAUGUGAGAUCCAAGGUGCCCCGUUUGAGAUGGACUCCUGAUCUUCAUCGCUGCUUUCUUCAGGCCAUUGAAAGGCUCGGAGGCCAUAAAAUGGCUACUCCAAAACUUGUUCUUCAGUUGAUGGAUGUCAAGGGGAUCACCAUUUCUCAUGUUAAAAGCCAUCUCCAGAUGUAUAGAAGCAUGAAAGGCGAACCGAUUAGAAGACAAGCUAGGGUGCAAACAAGAAAACUACAUUCGCUUGAAGAGGCCGAGGAUGAUGGGUGUGUUGAAGAAGUAAAUGGUUUGAGCUUUUACCCAUCUUCCAAACCACGAGAGAAUCCGAUUCCCAGGUCAUCUGCAACCCCCGCCGUUCAAAAAGCAAGAACGGAGACGAUGAGUUCAAACAUAUCAGAGAAUUCGCAGCCGCAGCAGCAGAUGCAAUGCAGCCAAGGAGGAAUAUAUGAGAGAGUCUCAAAUCCGUACUCUUUUGAUGAUUAUGUGCUGGCAUUGGGAAUUAAGGAGGAUCCUCACCCUUCAGCCUUCAAAUUUGCUUUGCCAGAGUAUGAGUUCUUGAAGGUUACCACCAAACAAGAGGCAGGAAGAGCACAUGACAAAGACGACGACGAAGCCGGUGAAUGUGAAUUAUCACUGUCCCUCUCGUUACACCAUCCCCCCUCCCACAAGAGUAAUGCUUCUUCAAGUGACUUAAGUGGUGCAAUCUCAUCGUCUUACUCUAUGUCUUACUACAAAGACUGCUCCGCCUCUUCUUCCGGGAAUCGGAGCCUUAAUCUGAAUCUUUCGAUUGCUCUCUGCAGUAACUGAUGCUGCUGUAAAAAGAAAACUCAUCUGUUUUAGGCUAGCAGGUUUUCAUGCCCUCACUCACCCCACAUUCUGUUUGUUCUUUUACUGUUGCUGUAGUUAAGUUACCGCUUAGGUCUUCGGGUAGUUUAUUAGUCCUUGAGUUCCACUUUUGAUUCUGGAACAGCAAAGCAUAUAUCUUUGUUAUGAGCUCUGAAUUUUCAAGUACGAUUGAAUAUAUAUCCGUCAGGAGGACGGUGUAGAACAAAGAAUGUAUCUUUGACAGCCGAUACCAGGCCAAAAGAUUGUUACAGUUUGACAAA